CAUCGACAUUGCAAGUUGGGAUUGAAUUCAAUAACUACUAGUGGACAAGAAAGUAAGGAAAGAGAUUCCUCCUUUUGCGUUUCUUGUCCAAUGUCUUAUAGACAACACGCUUUCACACCUUUUGAUACGGAGAAAAAGAAAAAUGGAAACCCAAAAAGGAAAAUGAGAAAGGAAUACCAAUUUAGUCAAGUAUAGCUACCAGCUAAAGCUAAUGCAUGUACAAGAAACAGGCGGAUCAGUUUGAAAUCUUGAAAAAAGAAGAGUAAUUUGAAUCAGCCAGAGAAAUGGCAGAUGCUAUUGUGUCCUUAGCUAUUGAAAGAAUAUCGGAUUUACUCAUUCGUGAAGCUGUUUUCCUGCGUGGAGUUCGUGAGGAAGUGGAGGGCCUCAAGGCUGAACUGGAGCGGAUGAAGACCUCCUUGGAGGAUGCAGACAGUAGGCUAGAUAAUAAGCAUUACCGCACUUUGGUGAGACAAAUCAGAGAUCUUGCUUAUGAAGCAGAAGUGUUAUUGACCUUUCUUCAAGUCGCACAUCAAGGAGGCUUUCACGGAAUCAUCAAGAGAUUCACACCUUUUCAUCUGCACAAAAUCGGGGUGAAGGUCCAAGCAAUCCAGACCAAGCUCGAAAGCAUUUCCAAGAGUCUUCCAGCUUAUGAUCGGAUAUCUGGAACAGAGGGGUCUAGCUCUGUUUUCGAGAUGCAGCACCGGUUUAGGAGAACAUAUACACAUGUUGAGGAAGAGGAUGUGGUUAGCUUGGAGGAUACCACAAAAGACGUUUUGGCUCAGUUGAUGACAGAAGAAGAUAGACUUCAUGUCGUUGUUUCGAUCGUCGCGGCAGGGGGCAUAGGUAAGACCACUCUGGCAAAAAAGGUUUAUAAGCACGAUGAUUUGAAAGGACAUUUUGAUUGUUGUGCUUGGGCUUUUAUAUCUCAACAAUGUAUGCCAAGAGAAGUUUUGCAUGAUCUCCUGAUAAAACUUCACUCUCCUUCUGAAAAAGAAAGGGAGUUAAUUGAUAAAAUGAAAGAGAACGAGUUGAUGAAAAAGGUUUAUGAUGUCUUAAAAGAGAAACGAUACUUGGUAGUGCUUGAUGAUAUAUGGAAAGACGAGCAUUGGAAUAGUCUUAAACCUGCUUUUCCGCGAGGAAAAAAAGGAAGCAAAAUUUUAUUCACAACACGUCACAAUGACGUGGCGCUGCAUGCAGAUCCUUGCAACUCCCCGAUAAAGCUUCAACUUCUUACAGAUGAUGAAAGUUGGAAGCUUUUUAGAAUGAAAGCAUUCCCAAGAAACAAGACAGAGUUUCGUGCUUGCCCAGAAGAAUUGGAGAUGCUAGGAAGAGAAAUGGUAAAAAAAUGUGGAGGUUUACCUCUAGCAAUUGCUGUGUUGGGAGGCUUGCUAGCAACAAAAAGGUCACGAGCUCAAUGGGAGAUGGUUCACAAAAAUAUCAAUGCGCACUUAAACAAGUUUCAACAACAAGAUCAUUGUUAUGGUGAAGUGAAUGGGAUGUUGGCUUUAAGCUACAAUGAGUUGCCCUUUCAUUUAAAACCAUGCUUCCUAUAUCUUGGUCAUUAUCCAGAAGAUUGGGAGAUCUCAAAAAAAGAACUCAUUCGAUUAUGGAUUGCUGAAGGUUUCAUUUCACCAUCAUGGGAAAGCAAGGGAAUGCUAAUGGAGGAUGUAGCUGAACAAUUCCUGGAACAGCUAAUAGAUAGAUGUUUGGUUCAAGUUGGCCAGAGGGAUAUUACAGGAACAGGUGUGAAAACAUGUCGGAUACAUGAUCUCUUGAGGGACUUGUGCGUGCUAAAAGCUCAAGAGGAGAAUUUCUUGGAAAUUAUUCAACCAUCAUUGAUGGAAAACGAUGGUAAUUCUUUUCAUGUGACCUUGCUAGCAUCUAUGGCACGAAGAAUUGCUAUUCAUCCUAGCAAAAGGUAUGUUUCUUUGAAGGGACAACAUCCAAGCUUACGUUCUCUUUUGCUUUUCCAAAACGAAGAAUUGAUAAAAUUGCACAUUUCGCAAUGCAAAAAUUUCAAAUUCUUAAGGGUGUUGAAUCUUGUGAGAAAUGUUGAGAUCGAGUGGCAUGUGUCAAGUGAAAUUGGUAAUCUACAUCAUUUGAGGUAUUUGAAGUUAAAAUCUUCUGGACUCAUCAUCUUGCCACAGUCUAUUGGCAAGUUGAAGAGUUUACACUCUUUAUACCUCCCAGGUGUAGAAACAAGAAUUCCUAAUAUUUUAUUCAACUUGAGACGUUUAAGGCAUGUUGUACUAGGUGCUUCAUUUAGGAGACAUGUGCCUUUGCUGCUAAGAGAUACUUUAAAAAAUAUUGAGACUUUAAAGUACAUAGGGGUCAUGACUUUAAUUGAAAAUAAUGUAGCGCUCGACUUGACUAAUAUUCGGAGUUUGGGAGUAACUUUUGAGAGAUCAAAAGAUGUGGAGCCUUUCCUAAAAGCACUGCUCGAAUCACACCGCCUUUUGUCAUUGUUCAUUGAGUUUGUGGAUUCAACCGCAUGCUCAAACUUGGAACCCCUUUCUCAGUGCCAUCACCUCUCUAAACUAUACUUAAGAGGAGAGAUACAAGAAGAUUUGCAUUUGAACCAUCAUGUUUUGAAUUUUCUGCCAGCGAACAUUGCCAAGUUAACUUUGUUGUUUUGUGAGAUGAAGCAAGAUCCAAUGACUGUAUUGGGAAAGCUGUCUCGUUUGAGGACUCUUCGCUUGUAUUUUAGAUCAUAUACGGGGACUAAAAUGGUUUGCUCUGCCAAUGAUUUUCCUCAGCUUGAUAAUCUUUCUAUUUGUAAUUUAUUAGAAUUAGAAGAGUGGCAGAUAGAAGAAGGCGCAAUGCCGGGUCUUCGGAGUUUAAAUCUUGUUGCCCUUCAUGAUUUGAGGAUUUUUCCAGAGGGGUUGAGGUAUAUUACUGCUCUUCAGGAAAUGAAAAUGAGGGGAAUGAAGAGAUCUUUGGUAGAGAGGAUUCAAAUGAUAGACGGAAGAGAAGGAGAGGAUUUCUCUAAAGUGCGCCACAUACCCUCCAUCCAAAUAACUAUUGAAAGAAUAUCCGAUUUACUCAUUCAUGAAGCUUUUUUCUUACUUGGAGUUCGUGAGGAAGUGGAGGGCCUAAAGGCUGAACUGGAGCGGAUGAAGAGCUCCUUGAAGGAUGCAGACAAUAAGAAGCAAGACCAAAAUGAGCUUACCCGCACUUUGGUGAGACAAAUCAGAGAUCUUGCUUAUGAAGCAGAAGAUGUUGUUGACUCCUUCAUUCUUCGAGUCGCACAUCAAGGAGGCUUUCAUGGAAUCAUCAAGAGAUUCACCAAACCUUUUCAUCUUCACAAAAUAGGGGUGAAGGUCAAAGCAAUCCAGACUAAGCUUGAAGGCCUUUCUAAGGGUUUUCCAGCUUAUAAUCAGAUAUCGAGUGGAGAGGGGUCUAGCUCUAUUGCCGAGAUGCAGCAGCAGUUAAGAAGAACAUAUACACAUGUUGAGGAAGAGGGUGUUGUCAGCUUGGAGGGUAUCACAAAUGAGGUUCUGGCUCAAUUGUUGACAGAAGAAGAUAGACUUCAUGUCGUUGUUUCGAUUGUUGGCAUGGGGGGCAUUGGUAAGACCACUCUUGCAAAAAAAGUAUAUAAGCAUAUUGAUGUCAAACGACGUUUUGAUUGUUUUUCUUGGGCUUUUAUAUCUCAACAAUGUAUGCUAAGACAAGUUUUGCAAGGUCUCCUCAUAAAACUUCUCUCUCCUUCUAAAGAAGAAAGGGAGUUAAUUGAUAAAUUGGAAGAGAAUGAGUUGAUGGAAAAAGUUUAUUAUUUUUUAAAAGAAAAACGAUACUUGGUGGUCUUUGAUGAUAUUUGGAGAAAAGAGCAUUGGAAUAGUCUUAAACAUGCUUUUCCACGAGGAAAAGAGGGAAGCAAAAUUUUAUUCACAACACGCAACAAGGAAGUGGCGUUACAUGCCGAUCCUUGCAACUCCCCAAUAGAGCUUCAAUUUCUUACAAAUGAUGAGAGUUGGAAGCUUUUUAGAAUGAAAGCAUUCCCAAGAAAGAAGACAGAGUUACAUGCUUGCCCAAAAGAUUUGGAGAUGCUAGGAAGAGAGAUGGUGAAAAAAUGUGGAGGUCUGCCUUUGGCAAUUGCUACGUUGGGAGGCUUGCUAGCAACAAAAAGGUCUCGAGCUCAAUGGGAGACGGUUCACCAAAAUAUCAAUGCACACUUAAACGAGUUUCAACAAGAUCAUCAUUAUGGUGGAGUGAAUUGGAUUUUGGACUUAAGUUACAAUGAGUUGCCCUUUCAUUUAAAACCAUGUUUCCUAUAUCUUAGCAAUUAUCCGGAAGAUUGGGAGAUCUCAAAAAAAGAACUCAUUCGAUUAUGGAUUGCAGAAGGUUUCAUUUCAGCAUCAUGGGAAAGUGGGGGAAUGUUGAUGGAGGAUGUAGCUGAACAAUUCUUAGAAGAGCUAAUAAAUAGAUGUUUGGUUCAAGUUGGCAAGAGGGACUAUACAGGAAUAGGUGUGAAAACAUGUCACAUACAUGAUCUUUUGAGGGACUUGUGUGUGAGAAAAGCUCGAGAGGAGAAUUUCUUAGAAAUUAUUCGGCCAUCAUUGAUCGAAAACGAUGGUAAUACUCUUCAUGUGACCUUGACACCAUCUAUGGCACGAAGAAUUUCUGUUCAUCCUAGCAAAAGGUAUGUUUCUUUGAAGGGAAAACAUCCAAAUUUACGUUCUCUUUUGCUCUUCCAAAAUGAGAAAUUGAUAGAAUUGCACAUUUCAAAAUGCAAUGAUUUCAAAUUCUUAAAGGUGUUGAAUCUUGUGAGAAAUGAUGUGUGGCCCAAGUGGAACGUGUUGAGUGAAAUUGGUAAUCUACAUCAUUUGAGGUAUUUGAGGUUACAAUGUUCAGGACUCAUCAUCUUGCCACGAUCUAUUGGCAAGUUGAAGAGUUUACACACUUUCUACCUCCCAAAUGAAGCACCAAGAAUUCCUGAUGUGUUAUUCAACUUGAGACGCUUAAGGCAUAUCGUAGUGGGUGGACUAUUUUUUAAACAUGUGCAUUUGCUGCUAAGAGGUACUUUAAAAAAUAUUGAAACUCUAAAGUGCAUACAAGCCAAGCCUUUAAUUGAAAAUAAAGUGCUCGACUUGAGUAAUAUUCGGAGUUUAGGAAUAAGUUUUGAAAGAUCAAAAGAUGUGGAGCCUAUCAUAAAAGCACUGAUUGAAUCACAACGCCUUGGGUCAUUGUACAUGUGGUUGGAGGAUUCAAUCUCAUUUCCAGACAUGGAACCCCUUUCUCAUUGCCAUCACCUAUCAAAACUAUUCUUAAGGGGGAAGUUACAAGAAGAUCCACAUUCGAGCCAUCAUCUUUUGAAAUUUCUGCCAGCAAACAUUAUCAAAUUAUCUUUGAUAAAUUGUAAGAUAAAGCAGGAUCCAAUGGCUGUUUUGGGAAAGCUGCCUCAUUUGAGGACUCUCUGCUUAUUUGCUGAUUCAUAUACGGGGAUUAAAAUGGUUUGCUUAGCGAAUGAUUUUCUUGAACUUGAUUUUCUUAAAAUUUGGAAUCUACCAGAAUUGGAAGAGUGGCAGAUAGAAGAUGGCGCAAUGCGACAUCUUCGGAGAUUAAUUCUGGGCUGGGUUUCAAAUUUGAGGAUUCUUCCAGAAGGGUUGAGGUGUAUUACUACUCUCCAAGAAAUGAAAUUAGAGAGAAUGAAGAGGUCAUUGAUACAGAGGAUUCAAGUGAUAGACGGAAGAGAAGGAGAGGAUUUCUUUAAAGUGUGUCACAUACCCUCCAUCCGAAUAAUGCAUACAGAGAGAGACUGAAAACUCUAAUUUUGCAAUGUCAAAUCCUCAACUCAAAGAGGUUGCAGGUAACUCUAAUCGGUCCAUAAAAGCAGCAAGGGGGAUCACCUGGAUUUGCCUUUUGAUUGUUCGAAAGGUUAAUUUGUAUUUUUUCCAUGAUAACUGAAUCUAAUGAUCCAGUGCCUUUUAGAAAGGAAUUGUUGUGAAUUUGAAUGAACUGAUUGUUCAUUAAUUUUAGAUAUUCACAGGUGAAGAUUAUCCAUUUGUUUGCUAGUACUUAAAGGCAAAAGCUAUUGAAAGUUUGUUUUCUGAAUUUUAUUUCUAUGUUCUUUUUGGAGACCUUUUUUGUCUUGUUUAUUGUAUUAGCUUUAAUGUAUCAGUCUUUUUUCAAUAAUAUUUAGCACUUUGAUAUUAUAUAAUCA